AUGGACCUCGAAGCUUAUACAGCCCGAUUCAACGAUCUAGCACUCCUCUGCCCUGCAAUGGUUACUCCGGAGGAGAAGAAGCAGCUUAUCGAUCAUAGGGCCAGCCGUGGCACCACGGUCGCCGCCACCAACCAAGCGAAAGGAGGAAACAACAAGAGGAAGUUCUGGAACCUUAAAAAGAAACAACCGAUGCGGGACCCCGCAAAGAAGCAACGGACAGUUGCUGUCCGUGCAGCCACUAUUGCUCCUGCCCCAGCGCCGCCGAAGCCAUAUGCUGGAAUUCUCCCCAAGUGCAACAAGUGCAACUACCAUCACAAGGGCGCUUGUAGGGAAUUGCACUGCAAAAACUGCGACAAGAAAGGGCAUACCGCUCGUUUCUGUAGAGCGCCAGCACGACCAAACAACCAAGUUGCCAAUGCGGGGGCAAGCCAAACCUGCUAUGAAUGUGGUGAAGCAGGACACUUCAGGAGAAACUGCCCUAAGGCACAAACCCCUAAUGGUGAUGGUGUAGGGAGAGUCCUGACAAUGGGACACGGAGAAGCGGUCAAAGAUCCCUCGGUGGUUUCUGAUUGA